AUGACGAGAUAAAAACAGUAGAAGGUGUAAUAACAAGAUUUUGUCUGGACUAUGGAAUGAUCGAUGAUUUAAUUUGCUUCACCGAGGAUGCUGUGAUGAGGAGUGUGCCACUGCAAGUCGGACAGAGAGUAAUAGCUCACGUUGAAGAAGACAAAAUAUCUCAUGGAUUAAGAGCAGUCAGGGUAGAAAGCAUCUCUGAUAAAUGGGAUGAUAACAGCAUAAAUCCUUACACAGUGGAUGCAAGUGUUAAAACACUCAUUGGCAAUGUUACAAAGUUUACUGGAAGCAAUGGUUACAUCAAUCAAACAACCUCUUUCUCUAUGAAGGUAGUUUGUAAAGACUUUUAUCCUUGUAAAGGAGAUUUGGUGCAAGCUGAAUAUAUUGUCAACCCCUCAACAUGGACAAGUGAGGCUAUAUCUGUAAAGCCCUUACGUUUUAAAAGAAUUGACAAG